AUUGGACAUUGAUCCUAUGACGCAUGCCCGGAAGAAACAACUUUUUCUUCUGAAACAUCCAGCUGGUUUUGCUGGCCAAGCUUCGUCACCAACUGGCAGCAGGAGGAUGGACAAGACCGACGCAGAGUGUGGCGAGCAAAGAGAUGGGGAUGCCCCCGAGGCUCCGAACUGUCCGAGUGGGUUUGUGGGGACGAACAAAAGCAAGAAUUUGCACGAAGUGCGAAAGACGUACCCACUGCGGAGACGGUUGCUCCCCUCAGUGAACAAAAAGACCUGCAAAGUGCUCCUCACCAGGCUGGAGGAUGUGGCUGGAUCUCUGUCGAAACAGACCCAGAGCUGUAAAAAAAAGGACCUUCCCAGCUGGAUGGAGGGUUUGGGACCUGCUUUGUUCUCCGAACAAGUUCAGCCUGUGGGAGCAGGGAAGAGUGAUUCAUCUGGGGAAAAGUGCACAAUAACUUAUCCAGGGACAGAGCAAGACCUUGAUACUGCUCCUUCAGAGCCCAGAAAACGCAGGCUGGCCUCGUUGAACGCGGAGGCAGUGAACAACCUGCUUUUUGAACGGGACGAUGGCUUAUUAUCCAGCAGGCGUUUUCGGAGGGACUCCGUUAAAGCUGGUGGAGACUGUACUGUUAAGAGCUUGCAUUGCAAAGCUGGUGACAACUGGACUGCGCUGGAAAAAACAGCUGUGAAAACAGGUAAAGGAAAAAACCGGAACGAGCCCAGUCAGAAAUACAAUAGCUGUGACCAUUCACUGGAUGAGGUCUUUGAUGAUGGGACAAAGAGGGAGGAUGGUGCCAUCUCCUAUCAUCCCACCCCAAAGAGACUGGCCAGCCUGAACGCCGUGGCCUUCCUGAAGCUGACCCAUGAGAAAGACCAACCCCUGAAGCAGAGGAGUAAAUCAGACGGAGAGGGCAAGCCUGAGAACCACUGUUCGAAAUCUACACUCAAAUGGGCCAAGGCUGGCAGGAAGAAUUGCGUCAAAUCCAAGAAGGAGAUGGCUAGCUUAAAAAUGGAAGGUCAGCACGGCUGGCGAGGACUUACUCUAGGAACUUUUGGGAAAGGAGAGCAGCAGGACUCAUCUAGGCUCUACGGAACGGCAGAACCCGUCCCUUACGAGUCGCUGUCUAGCUCCUAUGCUAGCACAGAGGGUUUCUACCACAGACUGCCUUUGCUUAUGGGUGGACAAGCUUCCAUGAAGCCAGAGUAUGGAAGACCUGGAGAGAAAUCCCCGACCCCCAAACAGGAAUUUCAUCAGCCUUCCUUUCCCGUGCAGCAGUUCCCUCCCUUGCCUGUGCCCGGAAAUCACACGGAUUGUGGAUGUCUCUAUGAAUCCUCGGAUCUGACUCCGCUGAAUGGGUUUUAUGUUUAUUAUGGCCAAAGUGGAUACAGUGGCUACUCUCACUGCUCUGUUUACCCCAAGGAUGAGCUUUCACAAUCUGCUACCUGCGAGGGACUCUUGGUAUCACCCGGUUCCUUGCCAUCAGGUGCUCACUUCCAGCCACUCCACUGGUGUAACUCUCCAUACUGUUGCGGAGAAGGAACAGCGAUUAACAGUUACAGCGUCUGUGGAGUCGUGCACGUGCCAGAGGGCAGGAUUAGCAGCGUGCAUGCAGGACGGAACAGCUACCCCUACAAAAUGCCUUUUGCAGCAGAAGGCUGCAAGUCUCUGGACCAGCUGAACCUCACAAUCCCCGUGGCAGGGCACCCCGCCUCACCUGCCCACCCGCUCUCAGGAUGUCCUGUACCCAGCGUGCCGCCGGCUGCAGAGCCCGUUCCUCAUCUGCAGACCCCCAACUCUGAUCCUCAGACCAUGGCCCGAGAAUGUCCACAGAGCUCCAAGCCUCCCAGCGGCUCCAAAUCUGGCCUCCGAAACACAACGGGCUGUCUCCACGCCUCUGACAGCAAGGCAGCGGGAGGCCAUUCCCACCCAAAGCAGCAGCGCAUCAGCAGGCGGAGAGCUACCAAUGGCUGGAUACCCGUCGGCACAGCCUGUGAGAAGGCCGUCUACGUUGUGAAUGAACCAGAGCCGGCCGUUCGCAAGAGCUAUCAGGCUGUGGAGAGAGACGGGGAGAUCAUCCGGGUACGAGAUACUGUCCUCUUGAAAUCGGGACCCCGGAAGAAAUCUAUGCCAUAUGUUGCGAAGAUAUCAGCACUGUGGGAAGACCCCAAAACAGGGGAGCUGAUGAUGAGCCUCCUGUGGUAUUACAGACCGGAGCACACUCAGGGAGGCCGCAAUCCCAGUAUGCACCAGAAUGAGAUCUUUGCAUCCCGGCAUCAGGACGAGAACAGUGUUGCCUGCAUAGAGGAGAAGUGCUAUGUGCUGACCUUCGCAGAGUACUGCAGAUUUUGUGCCUUGGCAAAGCGUCGAGUUGAAGGGAUCCCAGGCAGGAAAACCAUUAUGGUUCCUCCCUCGGAAGAGUACUCCACACCCUUGCACCGCAAGGUGCCCGAGGACACUGACCCCGAGCUGGUUUUCCUCUGUCGUCACGUCUACGACUUUCGACAUGGGCGCAUCCUGAAGAACCCGCAGUAGCCCUGUUCCUCGGUGCGCGGCGAGGCUGAGCGGCGCUGAGAGCCAGCACGGGCCGAGGCUCUGGGACGUCUGGGCGCUCUCGACGACUUGCAUCAUGCUGCUGGUGGACGAGAGCGCCCAGCGCUUGUUCCUCAGACUGAAAAGCGUGUGCAGGAGCGGAUCCCUGUGGGGGAAGGCAGCAGUUGAAAGCACAGCACUUCGUUAAAAGCAUAAAUGAAAAUAUAUACUUAUAAAAUAAAUGUAUGUAUAUAGAUAUAGGUAUUUGCAUAGGUAAAUCUAUAUCUAUAUAUGUAUCUAGAGAUGCAUAUAUUGGGAGGGGUUUGCAGGGGAUAAAAGCCAGUAAACUGAAUGCAGAGCCAUCACCAGUGGGAGUGGUGGGCAGGAGCGGGAGGGAUGCUGUGGCGUGUUGCGUGAGUCAAGCUGUGACAGUGCUGUGGUUUCGUGCCCUGAUGGGAAGGGCGAGGACUGAGCCCGGUCCUGUGGCGCAGAGCAUGGGAGGCUCCUGUGUCCCGCAGGGCAGUAUCUGAGCAUUCCCGGUGGGUGAGAGUAGCUUCAAAGUGCAGCCGUUGCUUCGGAAGCUGCCUGGACAUAGAGUAGCCUCAUGUCAUGCCUGAACCGGUUUUGCUCCACCCGGGGAAGAAGUGUGACCCCUGUUUUCCCUCAUCUCUUUCUUCCUCUCAUCUCACUGUUCUGCGAUUCACUGCCUGGGCUGGGGCUUGGCAGCCAGGCUCAGGAGCCUGCUCCGUCGCAGGGCAGAGAGGGGGCUGGCAGGAUCGUAGGCUUUCCGUCCCAGCAUGGUGUCAGGGAGAGCUGUGCCUCUUGCUGACGCCCCAACCAUGUCCCAGAGGGGCUCAUGGCCCAUAAAGCCCAGUGCCAGCAGCUGCAGAACCUGGGAGCAUACACUGGGCUCCACUGGCAAGAACUGUCUUUUCUUUUCCUCUUGGGGCUUUGGCGCCAUAGCGAUAGAAGUGGGUUUACUCUUUCUUUCUGGUUCAUUUUCCUGUAACGCUGUUUACAGUCCCCAUUUCAUCCCAUACAUCUUCAGUAGGAAGGAGGUAGAGGCUGGAGAGUGGAAUGGCAAACCCUUUUCUUGAGUGUUUUUGGCUUUUUUUCAAUUGUACCCCCAUCCCAUUCUGUGACUACUCUGACCUUGGGUGGACCGUUGCGGCCCUUGGCAGUGCUGCCUGGCAGCCUCCCCCACCUCCAGACUCAUCCAGGCAUCCGAGCAAGCUCACCAAAGUGGCUUUGUGGCUCCUGAAAGGAACUGAGCAUUGGUAAAGGUUUGCGCUGACAAAUGUGACCCGAGCCCCACAGAUACUGCCUCUUGCCUUACAUGUACAGAUCCUAGAUAGACGUUAGUUUAUCUUCAUGCAAACUGUUGGAGUUAAUUCUAAAGCAAACCAAAGGACAGCGUAACAGUCCCUUGAGUCGCUUGUGCCAGGCUGGGAGUCCCUUUCUAGAUUGCACUAACAUAAAGAAGGAGAAUUAACACCGUCUCGUCCCGGGUUCCUGCUGGCUGGAGUCACUCACUGAAACUAGGGAUCUGCAUUUUUCCAGUCUUUUGGGGCUUCUGAACUUGUGUGAAAUGGUGGAAGCGUUCAUACUGCUUUGCUGUUGUUCUGUCAGUGGAAGUAGCACUACCUGUGCUCCCCGCGGCUGCCGGUGUGGUGGGAAUGGGGCGGGGGGGGCUCCCUGGUGAGCUCCGAUGGCUGCACCUCUGCCUGGCCUGGAGAGAUAAAACCCCACGGCAUUGAACCCCUUAUGUGGAAAUAGUUUAACGCAGGAGUUCUCCAGAGAUUUUUUUUUUCUCUACAUACCAAAGAGGGGAACGUGUUCAGAAGAUGAUGACUCGGGAGGAGAUGACAAGGUCUGGCCCUGCUGUGGUGGGUGAGCAGGGCACGCGUCUCCCUGCUGUUGGUGGACUAUUCCUGCUCAGUGUUGCAGAGGAUGCUGGAAAAGCCCUCUUUGUUCUUGCCCGCCUAGCCCAGGGGAAAACCUCCACCUCCGGGAGGUUUGAUCCUCGGUGUGCGAGCAGGAAUUUGCGGGUGAAGCAUCUUAUUUCAUUUAUACCUCAAGAUACUGUUAGUGUCAAAGUAAUUGCUCAGAUUUCUCCCUAACAAUUAACUUGGGCACUGGUGGUCUCUUGGAACGAUGUGGUCAGGCGGCUGACACUGGGGGCUGGGAGCGCUUCUGGGGCGCUGGGAGGGAAGUGCUGCGGGGGUGCGAGGGGGUGUCAGAGAGUGGGGCCUCCCAUGCUAUGGGGAGAGGCUGUUCAGUGGCUCUUCCCCUCUGGGGAGGGCGGGAGAAGCAGAGCUGCUCCUGCCCAUCUCAGAAGGGGAUGGUGGCUGCGUGGCGUGGGGGGAAUGGAGCAGAGGCGUGGGAGUUGUGGGGAAGCCCCAUGGGCCCACCCGUGACCCCCCAGCACCCAGCCUGCACCCUCUUUCCUCAAGCAGAAGUGCCCUCACCUGUGGGAUGCUCCGAGAGCCUCCCGGGUGGGUGACCCCCAGCGUCGUGGUGCAGUCAGGGAAGGAUCUGACACCCAGCCUUGGAAACCCCAGGAACUUGCUGAAACUCUCCUUCUGCCCCCUCUUCCCCCUGCUCGCACCUUUGUCCCGCUCCUCUCCAGGCAGAAGAGAAACCGUCCUCGCCCUGGGCCUGGGCCGGGCUUUGACCCGUGUCUGGAGAGGACAAAUCCUGACUUUUCUCAUGUUAGAACCCGCUUCAGGCCAAGAACAUUGUUCAAGAUUCACGUGGUUGCUUAUGCUGUUGUGCAAACAGCAUGUAAAUGAAUUGAAAUGUCUUAUCCAUAAUGAAAAUAUUUCAUGCUUUUUUAAUCUAUUAGAUAUGGAAAUAUUUUUUGAAACUGAAAAUGCAGUCGGUAGAAUUUAAAUUGAAACGUAAUACAUGUAAAAUAUAUUUUAGUUGAUAAUUUUGUAAAAUGCACUUUUUUGUGUCUCUUCCCUGGUUUCCCAGAUCUGUAUUUCAGUGUUUACAGAUGGAAUGAGAACAUUCCCUAUACCCUCCUUCUGUGAGAAAGAUAUAUUAGAAGUAAUUCUUAAAAAAUAAAUUUGAAAAAUCGUAUUGAUUUAGAA